CAUUCACGAACUAUCCGGAAAUUGUAUUCACCGUACGCAUGCGCACAAACCCCAACGAGGUCCGAUUCAUUUUCGUAUUAUUAUUAGCUCGCUAGUAAAUCCGUUAAAAUACACACAUUUGAUACAAUUUGUACGUGGGCAUGGCAGAGGAGUUAACGAAAACCACAGGCGAACUCUCAGUGGGUGAGUUGUAUGUGUCUGACAAAGAAGGAAAUGACCAGGAUGGUGACGGAACAGAGAGGAAGCCUUUCAAGACCUCAUUGAGGGCUUUGACAUUUGCUGGAAAGGAACCAUUCCCAACCAUCUAUGUGGACUCUCAGAAGGAAGGAGAGCGUUGGGCAGUGAUCUCCAAGACGCAGAUGAAAAAUGUGAUCAAGUUAUUUGCUCGAGAGCAGAUGAAGAGCGACUCCAAAGACAAAAAGGAGGCAGAGGAUUCUGAGAGACGAGAGAAGAACCUAGAAGAAGCUAAGAAAAUCACCAUUGAGAAUGACUCCAGCCUUCCAAAGCCCAAAACGGUCAAAAUCUAUCAGCUGGAGCCUCUCCGAGGGGAGAGAGUGAAGGUGUUUGGUUGGGUGCACCGAAUGAGAAAACAAGGAAAGAACCUGCUGUUCAUUGUGCUGAGGGAUGGAACUGGUUUCCUGCAGUGUGUUCUCAACAAUAAAUUGUGUCAGUGCUACAAUGCCCUGGUGCUGUCCACUGAAAGCACAGUGGCUCUGUAUGGGACAGUGGAGAAAGUACCUGAGGGAAAGCAGGCCCCUGGUGGUCAUGAGCUGCACUGUGACUUCUGGGAGCUGGUGGGUCUGGCGCCGGCUGGAGGAGCUGACAACCUGCUGAAUGAGGAGUCUGAUGUGGACGUUCAGCUCAACAACAGACACAUGAUGAUCCGUGGGGAGAACGUGUCCAAGAUCCUCCGGGUCCGUUCCACUGUCACACAGUGCUUCAGGGAUCACUUCUUCGCCCGCGGAUACUAUGAGAUCACCCCACCCACCCUGGUGCAGACCCAGGUGGAGGGAGGUUCCACCCUGUUCAACCUGAACUACUUUGGGGAGGAGGCUUUCCUGACCCAGUCCUCUCAGCUCUACCUGGAGACGUGUAUCCCUGCUCUGGGAGACACCUUCUGUAUCGCUCAGUCCUACCGCGCAGAGCAGUCCCGCACCCGCAGGCACCUGUCUGAGUACACUCACAUAGAGGCAGAGUGCCCCUUCAUGACCUAUGAGGACCUACUGAGCAGACUGGAGGAUCUGGUGUGUGAUGUGGUGGACAGAGUCCUGAAGUCUCCUGCUGCUUCUCUACUCUACCAAGUCAACCCUGACUUCAAGCCCCCCAAGAGGCCCUUCAAGAGGAUGAACUACUCUGAGGCCAUCAUCUGGCUGAAGGAGCAUGACAUCAAAAAGGAUGAUGGGACCUACUAUGAGUUCGGAGAGGACAUCCCAGAGGCCCCAGAGAGGCUGAUGACUGAUGCCAUCGGUGAGACCAUCCUGCUGUGCCGCUUCCCGGCUGAGAUCAAGUCCUUCUACAUGCAGCGCUGUCCUGAGGAUCGACGCCUCACCGAGUCGGUGGAUGUGCUGAUGCCUAACGUUGGAGAGAUAGUUGGAGGGUCUAUGAGGAUCUGGGAUGCUGAGGAACUGCUGGAGGGAUACAAGAGGGAAGGCAUUGACCCAACCCCUUACUACUGGUACACUGACCAGGUAUGUACAUCUACCCCUUACUACUGGUACACUGACCAGGUAUGUACAUCUACCCCUUACUACUGGUACACUGACCAGAGGAAGUAUGGUACCUGUCCCCACGGUGGCUACGGGCUCGGCCUGGAGAGGUUCCUAACCUGGCUGCUGAACAGACACCACAUCAGAGACGUGUGUCUCUACCCUCGCUUCAUCCAGCGCUGUCGACCCUAAACUAAACAACUACCCUGCCCCCUGCUGGAGAUGGAUCACACUGCGCGUCAAGAGACCAAGAUGUUCAUCCCAAAUGGCAACCUAUUCCCUAUAUAGGGCUAUUUGUUUUUUUUACCAGAGCACUAUCCCUGUAUAGGGCCCUUAUUUUUGACCAGGACCAAAGGUAGUGCACUAUAUAGAGAAUAGAGCUCCGUUUUGGGACGAAGCCCAUCUUACUGCUUUGCAAAAGGCCAACAUACAAGGCUCGAGAUCGAAGACAAGAACAAUUAAUUACAGUAACAAAUCCCUGCAAAUGUAAGAUUUGAAAUGUGUUUUCAAACAAGAAAUUCAUGCUGUCUAGCUAAUACUAUUUGUCUGCCAAUAAAUGUAUACUGCAUACGCUACAAUAUC